AUGUCGGGGUUCGGCGACGGGUACGUGGGCACCGCGCAGGAUGCGGUGAAGAUCCGGCGGCUUGAGAAGCAGCGCGAGGCGGAGCGCCGGAAGAUCGAGGAGCUCAAGAACAAGAACGCCGACGGGCAGCCCGGCCUCCUCCAGUUCGGCUCCAGCACCUCCGAGAUUCUUGAGACUGCAUUCAAGAAGGAAACUGUCGGCCUAGUUACGAGGGAGCAGUAUGUUGAGAAGAGGGUUAACAUACGAACUAAGAUCGAGGAGGAAGAGAAAGAGAAGCUUCAAAAAUUGCAACAAGAAGAAGAAGAACUGCAAAUGCAGAAAAGGAAAAAGAGGAGAGUGAGGGGAGAUCCACGCUUGUCGUUCUAUGAUGACAUUGGGAACGGAAGUGACGAGGAUGAGUUUGAGAACCAAGAAACUCAGAAGAAACAACUUGGAAAGGAUCCCACAGUUGAGACAAGUUUUCUACCUGACAGAGAGAGAGAGGCAGAGGAACAAGCAGAGCGAGAACGCUUGAAGAUGCAGUGGUCGCGUGAGCAAGAAUUGAUCAGAAAUGAACCUCUUUCAAUCACUUACAGUUACUGGGAUGGUACUGGUCACAGGAGAGCUAUCCAGGUGCGUAAAGGUGACUCUAUUGGAGAAUUCUUGAGGGCUGUUCAACAGCAGCUUGCUCCGGAGUUCCGUGAAGUACGGACAACAUCAGUUGAGAACCUACUCUAUGUGAAGGAAGAUCUCAUUAUCCCUCAUCAACACAGCUUCUACGAGUUAAUCAUUAAUAAAGCAAGGGGCAAGAGUGGACCGCUUUUCCACUUUGAUGUUCACGAGGAUGUGCGUACCAUUGCUGAUGCAACAAAAGAGAAGGAUGAGUCUCAUGCGGGGAAGGUUGUGGAGAGGCACUGGUACGAGAAGAACAAACACAUAUUCCCGGCCUCGAGAUGGGAGAUCUAUGACCCGACUAAGAAGUGGGAGCGCUACACGAUCCAUGGAGAUUAG